ACUCGCCAUAGAGCCUUUUAUAUACCUACACCUGGAUAGAUCUGUGAUCUCCUUUGCUUGCUCUCAUAUCCAUCAUCUCGUCGUCGAUGAAGCCAAUGUCGGCGCUGCUGUCCACCCUGCGCCGGGCCGGCCGGCAGCACCUCACGGCGUCCACCGUCGGCGCGAGGCCGCGCAUCACCGGCUCCCACGUCCUCCGGAUCCACGGCUACAAGCACGUGAAGCAGUCGGUCCCCAACGGCGAGGCGGUGGAGUCAGCCACGUUCCACGUCGGCGGCCGCGCCUGCCGGAUCAAGUGCUACCCGAACGGCAGCGGCAAGAAGCACCACGGCUACACGUCCCUCUUCCUCACCAGCCUCCACGACGCCGGCACGGUGGGGCUCGAGCUCAGCCUGCUCGACCGGGACGGGAGGCCGUCGCUCACACGCGCCACGGAACAGCGACGCUUCUGGAUUGGCGACAGCGCGGGCUGGGGCUUCAAAGACUUCGUCAAGAACGACGAUCUGGUCGAGGGAGAGGACCUCGUGGACGACUGCCUCACCGUCCUCUGCGACGUCACCGUCCACGACCCUUCCUUGCACGCCGAGGACGUUGCCGCGCCGGCAGCGGCCGAGCCGCUCGACCUAAGUGGGGAGCUCGGGGAGGCCAUGUGGAACGAGACGGACGUGACGAUCCACGUCGGCGACGAGACGUUCCCGGCGCACCGUUCGGUGCUGGAGGCUGCGUCCCCCGUCUUCAAGGCGGACCUCGAGAACAACGCCACCGGCGAGGUACGCGUCGACGACAUGGACGCGGAGGUGUUCAAGACCCUGCUCCAGUUCAUGUACACGAGCGCGCUGCCUGACAGGAACCAGCUCGAGGCGGACGUCGCGACGGCGGAGCGGCUGCUCGUGGCGGCUGACAGGUACGGGCUGGAGAAGAUAAAGGUUGUCUGCGAGGAGACGCUGUGCCCGCACGUCGACAUGGGCUCUGUGGCCGCCAUGCUGGCGUUGGCGGAGCGACAUGGCUGUGCCCUACUGAAGGAGGCGUCCAUUAAGUUCCUUUCUGGUCCCGGUAAUCUGAAAUUAUUCAUGGCGACCGAUGGUUUCCAGCAGCUGACGAGAAGCUACCCAUCUGCGGUGCUGGACCUUCUUGUCAACCGCCUAUAGCGUACGAGAUGGAUCGACGUUGGCAAAAUUAAAUUAGGAAUUUGAUAACCCGGAAAGCUCAGGUACGAGGGCAUGGCAAAUCGAUAGUUUUCGAUGAAAUAUAGUGACGCAAAAAUGGCAACAUGA